GAGGAGGAAAAUAAAACAGAAUAAAUAAAACAGAGUAAGCACCGAAGAGAAGUGGCCAACUACGAGAAAUCAUCAAAUGAAGAACAAUUGCGAGAUCCGAUCAAACCGCUUAUGGCGAUUUUGAUUCCCUGAGUUCUGGUUUUUCAGACAGAUCUCUCAUAAGUCGAUUCUACAAUGUCUAACGACACAGCUCGUAACCCAUUGCUACCAAAGGACCACUCACCUCCCAUGGCACAAGACUUCAGCAUAAACUCAAGAACCUCCUCACGAAAAAGAAGACUCCGCCGCUCUAGAAGCGCUCCUCGCGGCGACUUCACGUACAACGAUAACGACGUCAAACUCGACGAGCCUCAUCCUCAUCCGAGCAAGAUCCCAAUGUUCAGAGACCUAAACCCGAAUCUCAGACGAGUCAUCCUCCUCCUCGCUUUGUAUCUCACCGUCGGCACUCUCUGCUUCUACCUCGUCAGAAACCAAAUCUCCGGUCACAAAACCAACGGUGUCCUUGACGCCGUCUACUUCUGUAUCGUCACGAUGACGACGGUCGGAUACGGCGACCUCGUUCCCAAUAGCUCCACGUCGCGGCUCCUCGCGUGCGCCUUCGUCUUCUCGGGGAUGGUCCUCGUGGGCCAUCUCCUAAGCCGAGCGGCGGAUUAUCUUGUCGAGAAGCAGGAGACUCUCCUCGUUAGAGCUUUUCAUCUGCGUCAGAGCUUUGGUCCGACGGAGAUUCUCAAGGAGUUGCAUACCAACAAGCUGAGAUACAAAUGUUAUGUGACGUUCCUUGUACUUGUGGUGCUCCUCUUAACCGGUACGGUUUUUCUUGUGGCGUAUGAGAAGAUGCCGGUUAUUGAGGCUUUCUAUUGCGUGUGCUCCACGGUUACUACGUUGGGGUAUGGGGACAAGAGCUUUAACUCGGGGACUGGGAGGCUUUUCGCUGUGUUUUGGAUCUUGACGAGUACUGUGUGUUUGGCUCAGUUUUUUCUUUAUGUGGCUGAGUUGAAUGCGGAGACUAAGCAGAGGGAGUUGGUGAAGUGGGUUUUGACUAGGAGGAUUACUAAUAAUGAUCUUGAAGCUGCUGAUCUUGAUGAAGAUGGUGUUGUUGGAGCUGCAGAGUUUAUAGUGUAUAAGCUGAAAGAGAUGGGGAAGAUUGAUGAGAAAGAUAUAUCUGGGAUUAUGGAAGAGUUUGAGCAAUUGGAUUAUGAUGAAUCCGGAACUCUGACGACUUCUGACAUCACUCUAGCUCAGACUACUUCCCAUAUCCAAAGGUAAGCUAGCAUCAUCUUUGGAAGAUGAAUCCGAAUCUUUGUUAACUUAUACCUACACACAAAACACAAAAAGCAAAGGAAGUGAACAGUUUUUUUUUUUGGAAAUAUUGUUUGAUUCUGUUUUUUAAUGCCACAUUCUCUCCCUCUUUGAAUGUUUUGUUUAUAUUUGGACUGGCAUGAACACUUUGUUUAAUAAAGUUGAACGUUGCUAUUAA